UUGAGUGCGAAUCACCUGUCAGUGACCUCCCUCAAAACAGAAGCAUCUCCGGCUGUUAUUUUUGCAGAAAAAGUGAGCACAAAGUGUUAUUUUUCUAUCAAAUGUUCCCAUUUGCAAUGGGAGCGGUAGGGACAAACUCAGAGUGAAUUAAGAAGCGAAGCUUUUGCGCGUCUUGGACGAUCGCUGUGAAAUCCGUUUUAUUUAUUUUUCUAGUGGAAAAAUGCACGGAGUAUUUGAAUAACUCACCUUCACGAUGAGGUACGGCUUGGUAGUUCUCUCUGCUGGCUUUUCGGGUUUGCUCAGUUUUUGCUGCCUCGCCGUGUCAAUCGGAACUGAUUAUUGGUACAUCAUCGAUGUGAAUAAACCUAACUACACCGACUCCGAGGACCUGAGUUCCUACUCCGGACUGUGGAGAAUUAAUGAAGGAUCAGACAAGAGUUCCGUCAUCUCUUCCUUUACGGCAAACAUGUCGGCCCUGUCUGAAGUGGAGCGGCACCUUCUCACUCUGCACAAGGCGGUGGUCAUCAUAUUGCCAUUUGGAUUAGUGUUGCUGGUGUUUGGUUGGAUUUGCGGGCUCGUCAGUUCCUUGGCCUACAGCCCGAAGCUGUUGACCGUAACCGCAUUCCACUUUCUCAUCUGCAGUCUUUUUACCCUGACUGGCGUAAGCCUCUACAUCGAAUACUCCAACAAGGCCAUGGAGGAGUUCCGGCGAAUUGUGGCUCAGGAGGAGUUAGCUUAUGUGAGGGUGUCGUUCGGCUGGUCUUUCGCCAUGGCGUGGGUCUCCUUCACUUUGGAGCUGGGCGCCGGCCUUCUCCUCCUGAUGGCCGCCAAAAUCACCCGAAUGAAAGGACGCUAUGAUUGUGGCGGCGCCGUCACUUUGUGAAUGUCAAAUGUCUGCAGGGUAUGGUCAUACUCUCCUAAAAAUGCAGACUGGGCCAAUCACAGUUGAGCACACAACUCAACCACUGGCCCAUUUUAACCAUUAUUUGUAAUGCAGUUUCCAGAAUGCUGAAGUAUGUAAGCCAGACAAAUGCAAGCUCCUGAUAAAAAAAAAAAAACACUGCGCAUCCUUUUGUCUGCUGCUUCACCCUAAAAUGUAAUUUCCCCCAAAAAGUUUGAUAAUGCUCCUCUGGGGAAUGCAUGUGUCAGUUCUUGAACCUUAAUGCUAGCAACCGUUACCAAGAGGGAAUGGGUCUUAGUGAAAGGUCAGUUCCUGGGAAAAAAAAUAAAUUGCCACAAAAGCCUAUCUUGUUCUAUGUGAAUACUGUCUAUUAGGUUCAAUUUUGUCAUUGUAUGUGGAUUUUUAUUUCUUAUUGUAGAAAAAUGGGAUUGUGCAUUCGUUUCAGUUUUGUUGUAUUGAUCAUUUCACAAUUUGUAAUUAUGAACAAACAACAACUGUAAUCGAUUGAGCUCUACCGAAGCAAUGUUGGGCUUCAAUGUCACAGCAGACAAGGCAUGUUAUGAUUUUGUAUAAUGUAUUAUUGGUUUCUCAAUGUUAACAGGUGGAAGGGGGCGGGGCUAGUGCAUCAUGGGAAAUAACCGCGUCAAUCUCGGUAAACAAGCAUGAGCCAAGUCGAACAAUAAGCUAAGGAUUUAAACUGGAAUAUUGGGUACAGUUAUUGCUGUAACAUACAAAUGAUAGGCAAUAAUGGUGGUCUCAGGACAGUUCCCUGUGGAAUCCCACAACUGAUUCCUCAUUCAGAGUUGAAUGCUGUUUUGCCCCCCCCAAAAAAUGCUGUUCUCAAAGAGUUCUCAAAGAGGUCACUGCAAACAUCACGUUUCUUGGUGGCUUUCUGGCGUACAGUAGCUUUUGUUUCAGCGUAUGUUGUUGUAGCUUUAACUUAUUUUUUGCAUUGGUUAAUUUUUUUGGGUGGUGCAAAUUUGUUUUUAAUGUUCUGUCAAGUUGCAUCACUAAGCGACAUCAGGGAAGGCUACUUAGCCAUAAAUGUAUAAUCAAGAUAUCAAUUUGGAGUUUUAUGGUGGAAGAAGAAAACAAUGUUGUGUAUAUGUAACUCAUUUUUCUUGGUGUUUCGUGUCAAAGUGUAAUGUAUUAAAAAAUUAUAU